AUGAAGCACCUCGCAGCCUACCUUCUGCUCGCCCUUGCCGGCAACGAGUCCCCCUCCGCCGCCGACAUCAAGGCCGUUCUGUCCUCCGUCGGCAUUGACGCUGACUCCGAGCGCCUCGACAAGGUCGUCGCUGAGCUCCAGGGCAAGGACAUCCAGGAGCUGAUCGCUGAGGGUUCCUCCAAGCUGGCUUCCGUUCCCUCCGGUGGUGCCGCCGCCGCUGGUGGUGCUGCCGCUGCCGGUGGUGCCGCUGAGGCCGCCCCCGCUGAGGAGAAGGAGGAGGAGAAGGAGGAGUCCGAUGAUGACAUGGGAUUCGGUCUCUUCGACUAA